AUGUCUACUUCGUUGACGACUGCUCAACUCAAAGAAUUAAAAGAUGCUUUUGAGUUAUUUGAUACAGAUCGAUCUGGUAAAAUAUCCGAAAAAGAAUUUGGAAAUGUAUUCAAAGCAUUGAAUAUUAAAAUAAAUGAUAAACAAUUAAAACAAAUAGUCAAUCAAGUAGAUACAGAUGGAACUGGAGAAAUUGAAUUUGAAGAAUUUUGUCGUGUCAUGGGUGAAUCAUUUUCUAAAAAAUAUUCUCAAGAUGAAUUACGUGUUGCUUUUCGUCAAUUUGAUCAAGAUAAUUCAGGUUAUAUUCAAGCAAAAGAACUUGAAAAUAUUAUGAAUAAAAUGGGAAAACAUUUGAGUAAAUCACAAAUUGAUGCUAUGGUUAAAUCUUUAGAUACAAGUGGUGAUGGACAAAUUUCGUUUGAUGAAUUUGUUCAAUUAUUUAAAUAA